AUGCUGUUCGCCCCAAGCGGACCCCAGAGUCCCCGUCGUCGCAAUCGCGUGAAAGCUAUCUUCCUCACGAUCGGCAUCGUCCUCGCCAUUUACUUUAUCUUUUUCGCCGGCAAUGAAUCUUCCCAUUCCACAUAUCAUGACCAACCCGACAAAUAUGCGCAUAAACCCGAAUCAGUCACAUCACCCAAAGCUGCAGGCGAGCUGGCUCGUCCUGUGGUCCGGCGACACAAGGAUAUGAUCGUGGCCAGCAUGAAGAGUGACGAUACCUCCUGGCUGGCCGAGUAUUUCCAAGAUUGGUCCCGGAGUAUCUACGUGGUGGACGAUAAGAAUGCUCCGUUGACCGUUGCGCGCAACAAGGGGCGCGAGUCGAUGGUGUAUUUGACAUACAUCAUUGACAAUUACGAAAACCUCCCCGAUAUAAUGCUUUUUAUCCACUCUACGCGCUACCAAUGGCACAACGACGACCCCUACUACGACGGUGUCCCCAUGCUGCGCAACUUCCAAACCUCUUACCUCCAAAAAGAAGGAUAUGUGAAUCUACGAUGUGUCUGGACCCUUGGCUGCCCGGUGGAGAUUCACCCUCUUAGUGACAUCCACCGUGAAGACGUACACGCGGGCGAGUACUUCAAACAUGCCUUCGUGCAGCUAUUCCCCGAUACACCAGUCCCCGAGGAAGUUGGCGUAUCAUGUUGCGCCCAGUUCGGUGUGACUCGUGACCGAGUAUUGAUGCGACCCAAGAGUGAUUAUGAGUUCUACCGCAAGUGGCUUACUGAAACGGAAUUGAAGGACGAGAUGAGUGGGCGGAUCAUGGAGUACUCCUGGCAUAUGAUCUUUGGCAAGGAGCCAGUCCAUUGUCCGAAUGCCCAGGAAUGCUACUGCAAUGUCUUUGGCUUGUGCAAUUUGAACUGCCCUGGACCGAAUGCCUGCGAUGAUCGUUACGUUCUGCCCCCAUACUCGCCGCUACCAAAGGGCUGGCCGUAUCUUGGGUGGAACGGUCAACCCCAGGACCCCACUCAUGGCCUACCCGAAUCCUGA